CUGGCCUGUGGACGGUCUUCACGCUCGGUGGAGUGGGGAGCAAACCAACGCCGCAGCUGGAGCAGUGCUCCCCGCUCGCCAACCAGAGUCUGCUGCUUCUCCUGGUGCUGGCCAACCUCACCGAUGCUCCGGAUACGCCCAAUCCCUACAGACAAGCCAUCAUGUCCUUCAAGAACACGCAAGAUAGCAGUGCAUUUUCAUCGUCAAAUCCACACGCUUUCCAGAUUAAUUUUAACAGCCUGUACACGGCUCUGUGUGAGCAGCAGAAGUCGGAUCAGGCCACUCUUCUGUUAUACAUGCUCCUGCAUCAGAAUGGCAACGUACGGACCUACGUGUUGGCACGAACGGACAUCGAAAACCUUGUUUUGCCAAUUCUUGAAAUCCUCUAUCACGUCGAGGAGAGGAAUUCACACCACGUCUACAUGGCUCUUAUCAUUUUGCUGAUCCUUACGGAGGACGAUGGCUUCAACCGAUCCAUUCACGAAGUGAUAUUGAAAAAUAUCACGUGGUAUGCUGAGCGCGUCUUAACAGAGAUCUCACUGGGGAGUCUUCUGAUCCUGGUUGUGAUAAGAACCAUCCAGUACAACAUGACACGGACAAGGGACAAAUACCUUCAUACAAAUUGUCUGGCAGCCUUAGCAAACAUGUCAGCGCAGUUCCGCUCACUUCAUCAGUAUGCUGCUCAGAGGAUCAUCAG